UUUCCAGGUAGCAGCACAUUCUUGGUGGCAGUAGGGGAAGUGGCGAGGGGCUUUCACAUGACUCACCGGGAGCAGAGCCACUAUAAAUACCCCAGACAGGGACCGGUCUGCACACCACGACGACAUGAUCCUGUGGCUGCUCCUGCCUCUGGCCUCCCAGGUGGCGGCUCUGCCGCUGCACUCUGACUCCAAGUGGCUGUUAGCGGACAAAUACCUGCGGCGCUACUACGGUCUGGCAGCCGGGCUCCAGCUGCGACAGAGGCCCUCCGCCACCUUCCAGUCCAAGCUCAAGGACAUGCAGAGGUUCUUCCAGCUGCAGGUCACCGGCCGCCUGGACCCCAGCACGCUGGCGCUGAUGCAGCAGCCACGAUGUGGCGUCCCAGACCUCGGAGAGUACAACCACUUCCCCCGGAGCCUCAAGUGGCAGAACACCAACGUCACCUUCAGAAUCCUGAACUACACACCGGACCUGGAGCAGGCGGAGGUGGACAGCGCCAUCCGCCGGGCGCUGGCCGUCUGGUCCCGGGUGACCCCGCUGAGGUUCAGGAAGCUGCACCGGGGCACGGCCGACAUCAUGAUCAGCUUCGGCGCCAACGAACACGGAGAUCACAACCCCUUUGACGGACCCAACGGCUUGCUGGCUCACGCCUACCCCCCGGGUCCAGGCCUCGGCGGCGACACCCACUUCGACGAGGACGAGCAGUGGAGCCAAGACUCCACAGGCUACAACCUCUUCAUCGUGGCGGCCCACGAGUUGGGCCACGCCCUGGGAAUGUCCCACUCCUCAGACCCGGGCGCCCUGAUGUACCCGGUCUACUCCUACACCAAAGGUUACCCGCUGUCCGAGGACGACAUCCACGGCAUCCAGGCGCUCUACGGCCCAAACCCCAACCACAGGAAAGUGAAACCCAAACCCGACGCACCCAACAAAUGUGACCCCGAGUUGAGUUUUGACGCUGCGACUGAGCUCAGAGGAGAAACCAUCAUCUUUAAAGACAGGUUCUACUGGCGUCUUCAUCCCCAGAUGCCAGAAGCCGAGCAGACACUCAUCAAGUCCACCUGGCCGUCCCUCCCCAACAAGGUGGAUGCAGCAUAUGAGAACCCAGAGAAGGACCUGGUCAUCAUCUUCAGCGGGAUUCGAAUGUGGGCCUUGAACGGUUACAGCCUGGUGGAGGGUUACCCCAAGUACAUCCACAAGCUCGGACUUCCCAAGUCGGUCAGGGAGGUGGACGCUGCUGUGCACAUCAGGGACACUGGGAAGACGCUCCUCUUUGCCGAGGAAGACUACUGGAGCUACGAUGAGGCCACAGGCACCAUGGACAGCGGCUUCCCCAGAUCCAUCGAGAAGGAUUUCCCAGGAAUGGAAGACGAAGUUGACGCCGCUGUGUAUCACUACGGCUACUUGUAUUUCUUCAACGAGCAUCUGCAGUACGAGUACAGCUACAACUCACGGAAGGUCACGCGCAUCCUGAGGGCCAACUCCAUGCUCAACUGCUGAGGGAGCAAGGCACCAGUGUGGAUCAGUCUCCAGAAUGUUCUGUCAGGAUGUCCCGCAGAAGUCCAGUAACUUAUUUAUUUAUCGUUUAUGUUUCAGUCUCUGGUUUAUUGGAUGUGACAUUAAACCAAACCAAACCAACCAUCAUUAAAGAGCACUGCAGAUUUGAGCCUGGUAUUUAUUCCUCUCUGGAGGAGAAGAUGAUGUGGUGGUCCAGACGGGGCCCGGGGGUGUUGUUAGUGAUGCCAGACUCAACAUGUCUUUCUCUCUCUGA